AUUUCAAUAAAAAGUGAAGUUUGAAUUAAUAGUUAACAGAAGUUUUAAAGAGUAUUGAAUUGUAUAUACUGCGUAGGAUAUAUUUUAUUUCCUUUAGUACGACUAACUAGUUUAUUAACUUUUAUUUUAUUAAAGUUAUGUACAUUUAAAUUCAAACUUUGUUUAAAAUAUUUUCCAAUAACCACUGAAAUACUUGUAAAAUAAAGAUUCUUCAACUAUAACUGUCCAUUCAUUGUUAUUAAAUGUAACUACGUAUCAUAUUAUGGAAACCAUUAAACCUAAGUGUGUGUACCAAGAAGAACGUUGGACACGAGCUAUGAUUACCAUUGACAAUCUACCAGAAAAUUUUAUUCAUUUACAGGUAAAUAACCAUUCCAAAAUUCGUAAUAUGCUCGGAUUUGCUGUUAAAAACCUGAAGGAAGCUGAUCAUUUAGUAUGCAGUGCUAGUGGUCCAUCAGUGAAUAAAGCUAUAACAUGUGCUGAAAUAUUAAAACGUCAAAUGCCUGAAUUAAGACAAAUUACAGGGAUAGGAUAUAGAAAUGUCAGGAUGAUAAAGGAAGAAAUUGUACUAGGUGAAGUUUCUAAAACUAUAACAACCCGUAGAUUACCAUCCAUACACAUUUUGCUAUCAAAAAAUCAUCUCAAACCAGAUUUACCAGGGUAUCAAGGAGCUGAUAAAUUAGCAGAUCAUGUUAAUAGGCCUGUGCCCCGUAAAACAUAUGAUAAAGACGAAUAUCGUGGCACAAAAGAGAGCAAAAUUAAGGCUCCUUAAUUGAUGUUGAUCCAUCUUCUUCAGUUCGAACACCUUGCAUUAUUGCUUCAGGCAUGGGUACAAUCAAAUUUUCUUUUGCCAUUAGGCUAUACUUGAUGACAAACUUAGUAAACCGUUUGCAUAAGUAUGUUUCAUUCUGUAACAUUAAAUAGUAAUAAUGUAUGUAUAAUUGUUAUUAGAUACAUAGUUAUAAGUAUGAGUAAUCAAUACAAUAUGUAUAAACAAUUUUCUUUCUAAUUUUAUCUUUUUUGUUUACCUCAAAUUUGUUGUAAAUAUUUUGAUGAUGGUAGUAUGCAUGUGAAAAUAUUCUGUAUACACGACGGCACACAGAUCCUAGUUUUGCUACUGAUGAUUCUUUUAUAUUCACUCUACAUUAAAACAAUAAUAUUAAAUUUUAAUUAAAAUAUAAUUGUUAUUUUAAAACAUGUUUAUUAUUCAAGAUAUGAUAUAUAAAAUAAAAAUUCAUGAUUAAUUAGUUUA